UCUGUGUUUAGGAAAAUGGUCACAAGUGACAUAAAGCAUAAAGACACCAGUAUACAGAAUGAUUCUUUUGUGCUCCUGCUUCAGCUAAUUCAGCUUUCCUUUCCCAUAAAGGUUCCCUCAUUCAUGGCUCAGGCCUGGCAGUCAUAGGAUGGACUGGUGACUCCUCUGCAGGCACUGAAGUGAUUUCAUAAACACUGGCCGUAAGCCGAAGACCUCACACAGGUGACGCGUCUGCUCCGGUAAGGGCCCUGUGUCAGCAGAGUAUCCAAGUGCAGCUAUCACUGUAGUUACUGGGACUAAGCUAUAAACAAAAGUCUUCUAUUAAUUUUAGAGCAUUCAGUGGUUAAUUGUGUUAACACAUACAGUGACCUCAGCCCACUUUCCCAUAGCAGCCAGACUGUGAAAGCCCUUUCAGGGACUUCUUCAGCAAGAUAAACAAAAGAUAGAAGCACUGAAGUUGUCUGUGAAGUGUCAUUUAGCCUGGAAGGCUUUCUUUUAAGCCAGCAAAGUUUGAGUUAAAUAGUUCAGUGGAGUAUAGCCACAGAUUGUUCUCUGUCUUGUACAUGUCUUUUGAGAAGUUUCUUCUGAGCCUGUAUGUCACAGGCUGCACUGAGAGGGCCUUAUAUCCCAGAGAAAUGCACUUCCCCAAGCACAGACACACCAAGCAGCAUAAGACAUGCUCUGUGGUUUUUCAGAAAAAAAAAAUUAAGAGAGCUCAGUGAACCAUCCCUAUCCCAUUACUCACUCACAUAAAAAUAAUCACUGACACUUGAGCUAAAUGAACCUUCUCAGAUCAGAUUUACCUAAACUUGCUCUAACCUGUUCUGAGAAAUAUCCAAGGAUACAACACCCACCUCCUUCUGCCUGCGGAAACCUCUAAUCAUCAGUAGGCAAAUUUAUGAUCUCAUAAAAGUUGAUACACAUCCAAAUGGCAAUUCUUUAGUUCAGAAACAUUCUUUUAAAUUGCUCAAGUCUACCUUGUUAGUAAAAAAAUCCAAGGCUCACAGUCAUUCCUAUUCCGUCACAUUGACCAUUGAGAAUGAUUACUGAAGCUGGAGUUGAAGAAGCCUUCCAAAACAAUCUAGCUGUAUGCAAGCAGUUCAGAUUCUCACCUUUUUUUUUUUUUGAGAAGGACAGAUUCAUACCAACUUUUCUUCAAUGUAACAUAACUAGCUAUUUCAUACACCACAAGAACAAUGGUAAUUUUAGAGGGAUGAUAUUUCUGCAUUUGUUCUACCAAAAAAAAAAAAACCACCAAACCAACAAAAUAAAUUUGAUAUUAACAUGUUGGGAAGAAGAAUACAAGGGGAUGGCGAUUGCUGAGAUUGCUAAGUUCUCAGCACUGACAGUAGGGUGGGAAACCCUGUUGAGAUGUUGGCCAAAGCAUCUAAUACAGAAAAUGAAUAAUUUUCACAUUUUCAAUUUGAGAACUGAUACCACUUUUGUCUGCCUGAGGUGAGGAAAUAUGUAUGCCAUGUGAUGUUACAUGGUUCAAAUAAGCACUCAUGAUAUUUCCAACUAAGCCUGUCUUAAUGAGCAGUGCUUCACUGCUCACUCUUUGAUAAAAAACCCCAGUGUUUAAAGACUGGAGUUUGUCAGAAAAGUGACAGGGAUUUCCAGGAGCUGAAGGUCUAAUGUUCUGACAAUGCAAAACUGUGAGGGUGUAGCUGUAAGCAGAGCAGUAGGAGUAUCAUUUCAUCAUAUGCUUUUUAAAAAUUGAUUCUGUUCAACAGAACCCACAUUGCAACAAGAAAUGCAGGACUUUCACAGACAUAUUUGAAUCAGUGACAACUAGGGAAGUGAUCAUAAAACCCACACUGCAAUUAUGACUGGAAGUUUAGAAGUGUGGUAACAUCUUUUCAGAAAAACUGAGCUCGCAGGAUAGUGAUUUCUCCCACCUUUGGGUUAUAGAUAAUUUUGUGCAUUGUAAAUCACUCCCACACAAAACUGAGCACAUAGUAUAAGCUCUUCUAGUGAAUCUCCCCCUUAAUUCUUGCAGGUCAUCACUAGAAGAAGUGUAGCAUUUGAAGGUAUAAUGUAUAAGGUGUUUUAAUGUCCUGAGUUAUGUAAUUUUAAACAUGGCUGAGUGUCAUGGUUUAGUUUUGUUUAUAUCCUGUUAGCUCUGGAAGAUUCAUCUAGGGAAAUGCCAAACCUUUCUGAUUCCCAUUGGACACCAGAAUAAUCUAUUAGCAAGUUAUAUGACUGUUCCAUGAGUUCUGUGUCAAACAGGCCUGGUCAGGUCCUAUUAUGGUUGAAAUGAGAGAGCUGCCCUGAUGGGAGCAUGAUGACCCUUGGAACCUCUCUGGCCAAUGACUGUAUCAGUUUCUCUGAAUGCAAGGUUGGUUUCCUUCCUGGGAAGAACUUGGUGCUUAUAGCAGGAAUUUGUCCACCCAGCAGCUCUGUAGAUCCCAAGGGGAAAUAAUGGUUAAGAAACAGCUUUUUUUUUCCACCCUGUUCAGUCCAGGCUCAGUACUGAUAACCAAAGCAGGGCUGUGGGCAGCCGCCUUCUGCCACUGUAGGAUCUCUGUGAUUCUUAGAACUCCCCUGAGUUUUGGGUUAUCAAGUGUCCCUUGUUGCAGCUGCAUCAACUGUAGAAUGGCUCAUUUACCAAGCACAACAACAGGCUCCUGUUUGGGCAGGAUUCCACUGGCAGUUCAUGCCUGAUCUGGAGACCUUUGAUAUUUUGGCUGGCAGGCUACUUGUCUGUGCCCUGCUUGGUAUUUCCCUGCAAAGUAUGCUCUAGGAUGUCCUUUCUUUAGGAGACAUUACCCUUCCUCCCACUCAUUGCUGAGUCCAAGCAUCACUGAAUAUGCUCUUAGCUGGAAGGUCCACCCCUUUCUGCAGUGAGUGUACAAACCCAGUCCCCGUUUCUUUCUCACUGGACAGCAGAGUCUUCCAGCUCAGAAGGUGUCCCUGGUCCUGCAGCUGGACACAUCUGCAUUUCCAGCUUUGCUUCCCAGAGGGGACUUCUUAAAUGUACGGUACAGCUGCAUCAAGACAGUCAAGAGGGGCCCAAGAUAUUUGGGUCCUUUUUUCAGUGGAUCGUCAUAUGGCAGCCUUUUAUGGAUAUCUUUGCCCACUGUUACCUGGAGAUGACAAGACGCUGGAGGAGUUUUUGACUUGUUCUCAUAGGAAGAUCACACUUACCUAUGCAUUUCGAUCUUGCUAUUUUGAUUUUAUUAAAAUUACAUGGAGUUUUCUUUUUCCCUUUUUUUUUUUUAAGAAAAAGGUUUAGAGAGACAUGGAGCUUGAAAGAAUCAUUCAAGACACACUGACGCGCUUCAUCCAGUCCCACAUCCCUGCAGCAGAUCUCAGUGGGAUGGAUGAUGUUUUUUUCUCUUAUAUCACGGGUGUCCUGGAAGAGCUGGGCUCACCAGAGUCUUCUGAAGAGACUUUUGACAUGGACACCUUUGUGGAAAUGAUGGAGGCAUAUAUCCCUGGUUUUGCAGAAAUUCACAGUGGGGAUGUUUGUGAAAUGAUGUUCUCCCUCUCAGAAAGGCUUGGUGAAGCUCGCAGCAAAGAAAAACUUGGCCAAAAGGCUGUGGAAAGCAGGAGUGAAGCGCCCUCUGAAGACCUCACCAAGGGCCAGGAGCCUGGAGCUGGAGCCUGCAGCGGGGAAAGACUGUGCACUCUAACAGACGGAGCCGGGGCCCAGGAAGGUGUCAAGUCGAAGGAUGGGGUGGAGCUGCUGCUGGAGAUGUUCCCAGCCUGUACUGUGAGCCAGGCAGAGAAGGCUCUUGCCAUGGCCUUGGGGAACUUGGAAGAGGCAGUACAAUUAAUUGUGGAGGAGAAGGUGGAAAUUGGCCCAGCAGGUGCAAGUGUGAAGGUACUGUACUCUGACUGGGGUGGCAGUGGGCCAAGAACUGUAUGCCCCAUUGUGCUAUUCACACACCAACUUAUCUCCUCCCAGGAACUGGCACGGCCCCGCAAAGCACCCAACCACGAGGAACUAAAACAGGUCAUCCUACAGAAAUACAUGAUGGUGGAUAGUGCAGAUGAUCAGAAAACACAUCGGCCAGCGCCACCCAAAGAGGCUCCCAAGAAGUUGAUCCGCUAUAUUGAUAACCAGGUGGUGAGUACAAAAGGAGAGAGGUACAAAGACAUCAAGAAGCCUGAGAGUGAGGAGAUGAAGAGAACUUACAUCAGCCUCAAACCAGCCAGGAAGUACAAGUUCCACUAACAGCCAAGUCCUGC